UCGACACAACUUUAUAAUAUACAUACAUACUUAUAAAAUUUUCAAAUGGUUAGGUAUAUAUAUAAUGAUUUUAUAAACUUAGAAUUUGCAUUACAUAUGUAACAUACAUCAAGCAAAGCACGUGGACCGGUAACUCAAAUAUUGGUUGAUGUAUAUGGAGAUUUUCAUCUUUGGACCCGUUCUGUUUCAUGACUUUUUAAAACAUUUUCUUGGCAAAUUCUCAGCAUUUUCUUGGAAAUAUCUCAGUACUUUUGUUCUUUUUAAUUAAAAAAAUGCGAACCUCAAGUUAUAUAUAUCAUCUAACUUACCUAAAAAGUAUUCAUCAUCUUCCAAAGUUUUAACGUAAAAGAUCAAUGCUUACUUGUGCUCAAAUCCAAUGUUUUCACCGUCUUCUUCUACUACUCCACAAAAGUUCGAUGUCUUUCUGAGUUUCAGAGGCAAAGACACUCGCAGAAUCUUCAUCAGCUUUCUCUACAAAGAACUCAUCCGAAUGAGUAUUCGAACUUUCAAAGACGACGUUGAACUCAAGAGUGGACGUCGUAUCUCUUCAGACCUCCUUUUGGCCAUCGAGGGUUCCAAGAUCGCCGUCGUGGUUGUUUCCAAGAAAUAUCCUGCCUCCCCCUGGUGUCUCCAUGAGCUAGUCAAGAUCAUGGACGUCGAGAAACAAGGUUCGCUCACCGUCAUGCCCAUCUUCUACAACGUUGAGCCUUCUCAUGUAAGGAGACAGAUAGAAAAAGUGGCUGAACAGUUUACAAAACAUGAAGGGAGGGAGAAUCAUGAGACUGUUGUGUCAUGGAGGCAAGCUUUGACCAACUUGGCUAGUAUCUCUGGCCAUUGCUCUCGUGAUUGUGAUGAUGACUCGAAGCUAGUCGAUGAGAUUAUUAAGAGAAUAUCCAACAUGCUGUUACUCUCUGCAACACCAUCAAGUGAUGGUCUCAAUAACCAGCUUGGGAUUGAUGCACACAUGAAAGAGCUGUAUCCAUUGUUAGGUUUAAAUUCUAAUGAAGGUGUGAGACUUAUUGGAAUAUGGGCAAGGGGAAGCAGUGUAAGAUCAGCUCUAGCUAGAUUCGUCUACAAGAAAAUCCACAAGAAGUUCCAAAGCAAAUGCUUUCUCGAAAACGUUAAAGGGAUUCCUCAAGACUGUCAAAUGUCGAAUCUUAGAGAAGAGUUUCUAAUAAGGAUCCAAGGAGGUUACUCGACCAUGAAAACCUCUGGAUUGAUCAGAAUGAGGCUCAUGAGUCAGAAAGUUCUACUUGUGGCUAACAAUGUUGAUAAACUGGAGCAGUUAGAUGCUCUUGCAGAUGACUUUAACUGCUUUGGUCCUGGUAGUAUAGUUAUUAUUACUACACAUGACAAACAGCUUCUUGUUGGGUUUGGGAUAAAGGUUGUGUAUGAAGUUGAGUGCUUGAGAUGCUUUGAAGUUCGUCAACUCUUUCGUCAGUCCGCUUUUAGAGAGAGAGACCUUUAUGUUGAUUCUGAGAUGUUUUCAACCUUAUCGGUGACUGAGUCUUCUGGUAACUCUGUUUAUGAUUCUUGAAUGGUUAGGUUCGUCUUAGAGUCACUUAAUAGAUGUGAGCUCUUUGCUUAUUAUACCUAUUAGAAUUAGGAGUUGCUUGUGGCUUGUGUAUAGUUGCUAGUGUACAAAGAAGUAGAUAUCCACGGUUGAUCCAAUAACAAGCCACGGAAAGCUCUGUUGUUUUAGUCUUUGAGCUUCUCUGUCUUGGAAUAAGGAAUCAUUGGGCACUCUCUCUCCUUUCAUUCCUCACUGUUAUACUCUGCGUUUGUCUUAGUGCCUUUGUGAUUACAUCAUCAGAGAGCCCAGCAUAUUUUGUAAAAAGGACCAGAGGGUAAUAACUUGUAGUCCAAAGAAUUGAGCGUUUGUGUACUUCACUUUGUAGUCGCUACCUUAUAGACUAAUUUUUCGCUCUGUUUAGGAAUUUCUUGAUGUACAAAUAUUUGAUCAAUAAAGAAAUUCAUUGUGUGAUUUUCUUGUUUUGUUUUUUUUCUAAAACACAAACGUUAGUGUACAGUAUCAAUCAACAUAGAUGCUACUACUUAACCAAUUUUCAGAUAAUCACUCACAAAAAAGCGAAAGAUCUAAUGAAACAAGUUGCAUUAUAAAUUACUAAAGUACAUUAUUAUGAUUCUGAAUUUCGACAAUCUUGUUUCCAAAUUUCUCACCAUUUAAUGGUUGCUCCAUGCACCUUGAGGUAGCAGAUCCAGGUGGAGCUAAGGUUUCUUAUCUUCUCUUUCCUUUAACAAUAACGAGGUCUAACGAGGAGAGAUUUUGAAAGUGUUCUGAAUUCUAGCUCCUGUAAUAUAUUUCACAAUCUCUAUUGUUUACUCAGUUUCCACACAAAGCAAGCGCUUGUAAACGUUUUCAUUUCUCUGUUUCUAUGUAGCUUUCAGUUCCCUAAGGGGGUUCAGACAUAUGAGAUUCGUAAAGAUUUGUUUUUUUUUGGUAAGAGAUUCAUAAAAAAUUGAGGACAUGACAAUUGCU